AUGGACCCGGCCGUGGUGAGCAGAGAGCUGUUCCAGCUGCGUGCCAGGAGCAGCCACCUGCGGUUCAAGAUGCGCAUGGCCAAGAACAAGCAGGAGGAGGGCCAAUUCGCGAUGCGGCUCGAGGGCAUCGCGCGGACGCAGAGGUGGCUCAAGGGCGUCCAUCGAUCUCUCUACGAGCGACAGCUCUCGAGGCUCCAGCAGGGAUCCUGUCGCCCGCGUAGCAGCACCAUGCCCCUCCUCAAUCGAUCGCAGCUGAAGCAGCCCCUCGCCGCUUCGUGCAACUAG